GAUAUGAUGGAUAAUAUCUCUGCCAUGACUGUGUUCACGCUGUCUGGUUUAAAUGGCACUGAAAAGUACAGGGGUUAUCUAUUUUUUGUAACCCUCCUAUUUUAUUGUUUGAUCUGGUUGGUGAAUCUGACAAUCAUUUUUACUAUUCUUGUGGACAAAAACCUCCGUGAGCCAAUGUAUGUAUUUCUAUGUAAUUUGUGCAUUAAUGGACUAUACGGAACAUCAGGUUUUUACCCCAAGUUCCUCAGUGACCUCCUCUCCUCCGCUCAUGUUAUUUCAUAUGCUGGUUGUCUUUUGCAGGGGUUUGUGCUCCAUGUUGCUGCAUCUGCUGAUUUUACAAUGUUAAUGAUUAUGGCACUUGAUAGAUAUGCUGCAAUAUGUCAUCCUUUAAUCUAUCACAGUGUAAUGACAAAACAAAGAAUUUCACUGUUAAUAUUUUACACCUGGAUUAUUCCACAUUUGUUACUGGUACUAAGCACAGUAUCAACAUCAACUCUAACCUUAUGUGGAUCACAUAUUCCCAAGAUCUACUGCAUAAAUUACUUGGUUGGUAGACUUGCUUGCACACCUUCUCUGUCAAAUCUGAUAAUCCCAGCUAUCAAUUAUAGUUUUUAUGGAGGACAUUUCAUUGUUGUAAUUUGGUCUUACUUUUAUUUGAUCAAAACCUGUAUAACAUCUAAAGAGGGUAGAAAGAAAUUUAUGAAAACAUGCCUGCCACAUCUUUUCUGUCUAAUUACAGUCACUGGGUCCUUGCUUUUUGAUUUGAUCUUUGUUAGGUUUGGGUCAAAAGAUGUUUCACAGAAUCUGCAGAAUUUUAUGGCUAUUGAAUUUCUCAUUGUCCCUCCUAUUGUCAACCCACUUAUAUAUGGUUUUAAACUCACUAAAAUAAGGAAUACAAUAUCACAGUUCCUUUGUAGAAGAGACCUGAAAAGUAUAAAAUCAUGA